CAAUUGUUCAGAUCGUAGAUAUAGGAGGUUCAAAGCAGCCAUCGUUUCCUCUCUCCAUUAUAAAUCACAAAGAAACAAUUACUAUCAGUACAAUACCAUAUUAACUUUAACAAUAGACGCUUCAAAUCAGAAAAAGACACAAUGGCGCACCAAGACAAGCAGAUCCGUCGGAAGCCGGUACCAAUAAGGCUCCCUAAUCUCCCGACGUAUGAUAACGGGGAUGGACAAGCCUUUGAACAACGAACGGAGAGAACAAUGCUGCCAAGGCCUAACACUUCGCGGAAUUACACAUAUAGCUCUCCUUCGAACACCGAAGUCCCUUGGGUUCCAGCCAGGCCGGGAACACCAUUCCCUUUCGUUUCUCGCUCUCAAAGACCGCGGUACGUUCCGUAUCGCCCCGGUGCAGUAUGGUGUCCCGAGUCAUACUCAGGAUCCAUAGCUAACGUACUUGAGCAGACGCGCCAGGCCGAGGAUCAACUUCGAGCCCCUUUAACAGCUGACAAUGUCAGGUGGCCCUUCUUAGACAAUGACGAUGACGACGAGCCAACCGCCGAGUUCCCGGCUGUGCCCUUGCCUGAAGCACCUCUCCGCAGGCGAAGAGCCAUCCGUCGUGGAAGUUCCGCGUAUUCAGGCACCUCAGGUAGGCUCCCCCCUACCCCUAUCCCUACUAACGAGGAACAUGGUAGGAUGUCAGGCCCGCUCAGCGAGCUCAGCCGUGACCCCCUGAGCACCUUGGAGAGGCAUCAACGAAGGAGGGAAAUAGCUCAAAGUGAUUACGCCGAAAUGAACCAAUCUUGGUACCCGGGUGAUGAUGAAGUCCUCGUUGUCAAGAAUGUUUUGGAUGCUAAGAGACCCAGACGUCAGGGCUAAAGCGCUGAGAUGUGUGUGAUGCAGGUGCCCCUUCCCGAUCCCCUCCUAUCCCUACCCCGGCCCCUUU